AAACAUCCCCACUGCUCCCCGCCCUCUGGUGCCACGCAGACAGAUCGCUUCCGGUGGGGAGCUGGACCAGAUUCCGAAGGAGGCAGCUGCUCGACCGCGCCUGAAGCACAAUGUCUGGCAAAACAGGGCCGGAGCAUCUCUUCAACCCAGCCACCGAGAUGGAGGCAUCUGGCACUAUGCUAGGCACCAAGAUCAACAUCCCGGCUCUUUUGCCCCAAGGCCCAGCUAAGGAGUGGCUGGAACAGCGCAGGGCCACCAUCCGGCCCUGGACCAACUUCCUUGACCAGCGGCGAUUUGGGAAGCCCCGGAACUUCGGGGAGCUUUGCAAGCGGCUUGUACGCAACGUAGAAUAUUUCCAGAGCAACUAUGUCUUCGUCUUCUUGGGACUCAUUGUCUAUUGCCUCAUCACAUCUCCACUGCUCCUGAUUGCACUGGCUGUCUACUUCGGGGCCUGUUACAUUAUCUACUUGAAGACCCAGCAGUCACAGCUUGUUAUCUUUGGGCGGGAGCUCAGCACAGCCCAUCAGUAUGGCCUGGCUGGGUGUGUCUCCUUUCCCUUCUUCUGGCUGGCAGGAGCUGGCUCAGUUGUCUUUUGGCUGCUGGGUGCCACUUUGGUAGUUAUCGGUUCCCAUGCAGCCUUCCAUGAACUGGAGUCUGGAGAAACUGAUGAGCUGCAAAUGGAGCCUGUCUGAAGGACCCAGAGAACAUCAGCUCUCCUCUCCUGCCUGGUUAUUCACCAUGUUUUCUCCACCCGUUUCACUGUUACAUUGCCACCAUUUCAUUCAAUGUCUCUGUGCCAUUUCCUCUUCCUAAGGCUUCCUCCAAGAAAGGGGGUCUUUAAAUCCCCCAGAACAGUCCCUGAAGCUCUCCUUCUCAGGCUGCCCCAAUCUCCCCAUUUUAGUGUACUGUCGCUUCUCAGAAUUUGCAGCUCCCUUGCACUUGGGUUUUCGAGUCUGAAACAGGCUAGAAUGCUGCAUUAAGGGCCUCCCUUUUUUCUGGAAAGCUUAGCUCCCUCCAAGAGCCAAGCCUAGGGAAACUCCAGAAAUCUCAAUUCACCUUCCUUUUUCUCUUAUCAGUAACAUUAAACAAAUAAAAGUGUGAACGUGGAGUAUUCCUUUGUACUGCCCCAAAAGAUCACAGUGACGCAUGAUGGUGCAGUGUCUGAAAAACUUGAGGAUGCGCGCAGAGCGGCUCAGGCAUGUUUGUGUCCUGGAUCGCUUGCAGCGACCAGCAGAAAUGGGUCUGGAAUGAAGUAACACGGGCCUGCUGCAUCACUGCCGCAUUUGCCUGCUGGAGGUUUUAUCAGAAAUCAAAAACCAUUGAAGUGCACAAUUGGAAGAAAUUACAUCUGUACACGUGCCCCAUGUACAGUAAAUUAACCCCAUUCUUCAUGGUUUGAUCUGUUUUUGAUCUAGCCAAACAGCCAAAAUAAUUUGGUUAGUUUCGUCAUAGACAUGGCUGACCUAAGACACUUUGGUAGCUGAGAUAACAAAUCCAAAUAGCUACACUGUCCGGUCUUUUGUGCAAACUUUACCAAAAUGUACUGGAGCUGAUAUGCUUUUUCCCCAUUGGGCAACAUUAUUGCAAAAAUACUUAGGCCUCUGUAUGUGUUUCCAUCCUCCAGUAACUAGGAUCAGCAGUCACAACUUCACAAAGCAUUUUUGAUUAUCUAUUGCCUUACCUGUUUUAAUUGUUUACUCUUUCUCAGCCAUUCUUUCUCUACUUGGAAAUGAUUAGGACUAUUAAGACUGGUGUUCACAAGUGACCAGUGUUCUGGGAGCAGUUAAUAAAUUCCAGAUUAAAUCA